AUGCGAAGAGAGUUAUUCCUCCGCAUAGUGAAUGCAUUAGAGAGUCAUUCAGCAUUUUUUCAACAAAGGGACGAUGUUGUACGAAGAAAAGGAUUGUCACCACUACAAAAAUGCACCACUACGAUUCGUCAAUUGGCUUACGGAGUCCCCGCCAAUCAUCUUGAUGAGUACCUACGUAUGGGUGAAUCAACUGCCAUCAGGUGUCUUUUUAAGUUCUGCGAAUACGCUGUUGAAAUAUUUGGUGAUAGGUACUUGAGAAGACCAAAUGCUGAUGAUGUUCAACGUCUUCUUCAAAUGCAUGAUGAGAGACAUGACUUUCCUGGCAUGUUAGGUAGCCUUGAUUGUAUGCACUGUAAAUGGAAAAAUUGUUCAGUUGCUUGGAAAGGUCAAUUUACAAAGGGACAUGGGUCACCAACAAUCGUACUUGAAGCGGUCGCGUCUCAUGACUUGUGGAUAUGGCAUGCAUUUUUUGGAGUCGUUGGUUCACGUAACGAUAUUAACGUGUUAUGUGAAUCUCCCAUAUUCAACAACGUCUUGCAAGGAAAUAUGCCGGAGAUUAAUUUCACGGUGAACGACACUGCAUAUACGAAGGGCUAUUAUCUAACAGAUGGAAUAUAUCCCGAGUGGACUACUUUUGUUAAGGCUUUUCCUUGCCCAGAGGAUCCCAAGAGGAAGUUGUUUAAGGAAAGACAUGAGCCUACAAGAAAAGAUGUUGAACGGACAUUUGGGGUGCUCCAAUCUCGAUGGGCGAUUGUUAGAGGUCCAACUCGGUAG